AUGGCUGAUGAAGAGCUUAAAAAGGCCUUCCAAGAUCUUCAGUUCAAAACGAAUGAGACUAAAGGUUUAAUAGCACAGGGAGAAAUAACGAAGAAAUUAAAUGCUCAGGUAUCUGGUUUUAGUGUUGGACCUUUCUUGUCAUGCUUUUCUAAUGUAAUGCAGUGUCGAGACUUACAUUACUUGAAACAUGUACAUGUCCAUAAUGAGUAA